AUGUAUCUCCAGUCUACUCCGUACUCGAUCACAGAUUCGACCUCGAUCCUGACCAUUACCGCAAACCCACCGGCUUAUAAGAUGACCGUCAUAGAAAUUACCUCGGAGGAGCAGUUUGAAGAGAUUCUUAGGGCGAAUCAGAGGGUAGCUGUCGACUUUAUGGCUACCUGGUGCGGUCCCUGCCGUCUCAUCAGCCCCGUAUUCAAACAGCUCUCGGAACAGUUCAAGGAUAUUGUGUUUGUCUCCGUCGAUGUGGAUAAGGUCGCCCCGGUCGCCCAAAAGUACGGCGUCCGCGCCAUGCCGACGUUUAUUAUGUUCAAGGACGGAAACAAGUGCGACGACAUGAUGGGAGCCAACAAAGUUGGCCUUGAGGAUAAGAUUACGGGUUUGGCUGCCUAG